AUGGUGCUGACUGUGGGUCAUGGUGCUGACUGUGGUUCAUGGUGUUGUCUGUGGUUCAUGGUGUUGUCUGUGGUUCAUGGUGUUGUCUGUGGUUCAUGGUGUUGUCUGUGGUUCAUGGUGCUGACUGUGGUUCAUGGUGCUGACUGUGGUUCAUGGUGUUGUCUGUGGUUCAUGGUGCUGACUGUGGUUCAUGGUGCUGACUGUGGUUCAUGGUGUUGUCUGUGGUUCAUGGUGUUGUCUGUGGUUCAUGGUGUUGUCUGUGGUUCAUGGUGUUGUCUGUGGUUCAUGGUGUUGUCUGUGAUUCAUGGUGUUGUCUGUGGUUCAUGGUGUUGUCUGUGGUUCAUGGUGCUGACUGUGGUUCAUGGUGCUGACUGUGGGUCAUGGUGCUGA